UAUGCUUGCAGCUUUCGCCGCUACGCUCUCGUUCGUGCAGCCGUCCAUCUCGUCGGCGGCCGCGCGGCACACCUGCUGUCGCGGCGGCUGUGUGCGCUCAAUCGAGUGGCCGCCCGCUGGGAUCGUAAUCACCGUGUUGAGUGGCAUUGCAAUCUUUGCCCGGCCGGAGUCGCCGCUUUGGGAUCUGAUACAGCCCGAGGCCGCCGUUGUGCGCGUGCCGGCAAUUUCGUCGCUCUGUCGGGACGACGGCUGGGAGCUCCGCCUCUCCAUCGGCCGCGACAUGGCUCAGUCAGUUGACGUGGCGCUGCAGGUUCGCUUCGAGCGGGAUGGCCGGUUCGGUGAGUACCCGCAGGGCACUGCUGCGCUGCGACGGCCGAGCAAAUUCUUUGCUUCCACCGGCCUCUGGAGCGCGGUGAGCGAGGCCGGGGAUGAGCGGCACUCGCUCGAGAUGAGGCUCGAGUGCUCCGGGCUCGGCCGCGACGGCGAACAAGGGUCCCGCCCGGACCCCCGCGAGGAGUGGAUCCCGCCCGGGCCCCUCUUCCUGACCGCCUCUCUCGAGGCGGAUGAGCGAGCGACGCGGCUCGCGGCGCCUAGAUGCGGAACGGCCCGUGUCCCGACUACACUGCACGGCACUUGCUCUUCCCUCCCUCAGUCCACUGAGUGCUCAUACACCAGGCUCGCGGCGCUCGGCGGCGGUGGAGAGGCGACGGUGAUCAGAUUUGACGAGGGGCGGGUGACGGCAAAGGAGUAUGGCGCGUUCGGCCGGUGGACGGGCCUGUCGGAGCUCAGGGUUGUCGGCUCUCUCGAGGCGAGGCCGCUUCAGCCUUCCCAGACAUGAUCUGUCGGCGGGUGACGAGAGAAUGUGCAGCGCGGCGCCGGCGGCGACGCACGAGCGUCGAGCGACGAGCGUGACCAUUCGACAAUCAUGCUAUAGUAUACUGAAUACUGCACAAUUUUAUCACAAACAACACGCGCGCACACAUUUUUAAUGAGGCGGCGCAACA